AUGAAAAGCCUUACAAGCUUUCUGGCCUUUAUGUGACUCGCUAUAGGAUAUUCAUACAUGAUUACCAAAGGUAGCUACUUAUAUCCUGGAAAAAUUAGCUGAUGGAAAGAUAGUUGGGCUCCUCAUCCUAUUGAGCUCUCUCAAACCAAUUCUGGGACUGCUGAUGCUACUGUGACUGUUCAUUUCAGACCUAAAACAUCUUUACCUACGACUGGGAAUUUGGGAUAUGCUAUUGUGACUGUGCCAUCAACUUUCUCAACCACAACAACUUAUACUUCUAGCUCUAUGGCAAUUAUAGCAAAUAGAGAUAUAGAAAAUUUUCCAUAGAUGGCGCUAUUUGCCCUUGAUUUGCCCAUAAGGAAAAUUUUUUGGAUUGACCAAACAAUAUGGUACUGGCUGAACCAAAAAAUUUCCCUAGUGGGCAAAUCAAGGGCAAACAGCGCCAUCUAUGGGAAAUUUCUAUACUUCAUUUUCAUUUACACUGUCAACAGAUUUACCUUCUGCCGGAGUUUAUGGACCUUUUCAAAUAGUGACUAGAACUUCAGCUAAUGGGCAAAUUUAUGAUGCAAACUACCUUUUUGCUUAUGUAGCAGUGUCAGCCUCAGUUUCUACUCCUUCUUCUGGCUCUUUGGCAGUAGACACAGUCACUUUAACCUCUACCUCAGCAGUUGUUGGCUUAUCAGAUGGGCUUUACUUUACUUUUGAAAUUCCUGCUGGCACAAAUCUUUGGAAACACGACAUUUUUGAAAUAGUCCCUGACAGCCGCUGGACAGUUACUUCAAGCCCGACCUGUGCUUCUGUCGAUCUUUCAUGCACUAAUAACUAUAUAAAAGGUCCUAAAGGAGACAAUAGCUUACCUUGUGCAGUAGCUCAGUCUGGAGGAGCAAAUGGAGGGUAUAAUACUGUGAAAUCAACCUAUGAUGCGGAAAACAGUAUUUAUAUAUAUGGGCUUUCUCAAGAUUUGAUAGCACGAAUAAAUAGCUGCAGCCUUGACUCACAUUCUCCUUACUCCCGCCUCUAUGAGUGAACAAGAAAAUUGGAAAUCCCUACCAAACAAAUUAUUUUUUAAUAUAUAAUAAUUAUUAUAAUAAAAUCCUUAGCUUGAAUUUUAAAACAUAAAUUUUAUUAAAUUAAAUUAAUAUUUACUUAUAAAAAGUAGUCCUAAACUUAAUCAUAAUCUUAAAAUGUGAUUAUAAAUACAAGUUACCAGAUCAAGCUCCAAGUUUUUAGUUUUAUUCUCCCUCUUGCAGCUAUUUCAUCAUCCAAUUUCAGUUGAAAUCUGAAAAUCUGGAGAUGGGGUACUUCUAAUUUGCUUGCUCAAUUUACUGGAACUGGACCACUAACACCAGUUCCAGGAGUUGUUACAAUUGACUCAUGGAUUCCUUAUAACACUAAUUUAGCUCCAACUGACAUCCCAAAUAAUGGAAAUAGAUUUUAUAUCUUUACUAACAUCCCCUUCCGUUAACGAAAAAAAAUUUUGGUUUUCUCGUGUAAGGGGUGAAUUUUUUUAAAAUGUAGCUGUUUAAAAUUAAAUAAAAUUAGCUAGAGAAAUAUUAUAAUAAUUAUUACUUUUAUAGCAACAAUAUUUUUUCAUAAACAAUCUUUAUAUUAAAAAAUUUUAAUAAGCUCCUCAAAAAAAUGGACUUUUCCAUGGUUUGCUCGUAAUGGAAGAGAUGUAAGCUGACUUUUCAUGCUGCCCACACAAUUGAAAAUGGGAAAAUCUAUAUACACUUUAACGACAAUGCAGAUGUUUAUUCUGGAUGCUGGUGGUUCAAUUAUAGAGAUCCAAAUAGCUGUGCAACACAAGGCAAAUGCUAUAUGAAUACCUACAUGCAUAAUGUUUCAUGUGGACUUAUUGGUCACUCGGUGGUUAUAACUCUAUCCAAUGGCGCUACUUUAUCAGCGAAUUCAGCAAUAUCAAUCACCUUAUUAACAAAAUUAUACCCAGGGGCAGGAAUUAACGAAAUAGCAACUUAUGAUGCAACUUUUUCUACGAUUAUUGAUAAAUGCACGUCUAUAUAUAUGUGGGAAUUUAACCCUUCGAAUUUGAAUUAUGUAAGCAUGAGUAAUUUCCAAUUUUUUGCAAAUGAUACAAAUAUCAUGCCUCCUGAUGGUAUAUUCCCUAUAGGAAAACAAAUAGGAGGAUAUGAUCAAUAUUUAAUGUGAUAUAUUAAACCAGCAACUAGUUGGGAUAUAACAACUAUAUUGAGAGUCAAUUUGCCAUUUUCUAGAUCAGGUGUUCAGCUACUUCAAAGCUAUAUAUAGCCCCUGAAAUAUUUAGAUCAUUAUUGCCUACAUUUUAAUUUUCAAAAUUCAUUUGCACUUGCCAGCUUUUUUGAAAAGUAAAAACGAAGAUGACAAAUCUCCGUUUAUGGUUUUAAGGUGCCUAAUCAGACUUAUACUGUAUAAGGCAGGUGUCCUGUACCAUAUUUUUUCUGGUCGGUAUUCUGCUGGAUUAUAGAGAUCUAUUAAGGUGCAUGAGCUAUAAGCCCAUCCGCCCAAUAUUCUGAAGCUAUAUUAACCGCAAGUGGAGGGAAACUUGAGUCCUCUUUCAAUGCACAUAACUUUUAUCCUGGAAAUCCUGGAUCUAUUUCUAUCUUCUUUACUUCGGGAAAUUACCCUACAACUACACAAAAUCCAUUUUUCGCGUUUUCAUUUGGGAAUGCCGGAGAUAGGUCGAUCGCAUUACCAUUUGUAAGUUCAAAUGUGGCUACUUUUUAUGAGUGUUGGGCAAAGGCUACAUCUUCAACAAGUAAUUCAAUAACUGAAUUUUCCAGCUAUGUUUUCUCAGUACUUACACCACAAUUUGAUUCUAGUUUAACUUUUAAUCAAUUAUGCUAUAAUAAUUUAGGUGGAAUUCCAAUUUAUGCAAAUUAUCACGCUUUGAAUAUGGAUUUCGACUUCGGGGAUACGACAAAUCAUUAUUACCUAGAUGUUGUAUUUGAUGAUAUAAGUCCAAGCGACAUAUGACCUGAUGCUAUUGACGGUGGGCAAAUUCCUGCAACUUCAACCACGCCUGGGGUUACUCCAAAGGUGACUAUUAGUGCAUUGACGGCAACAGUGACCAUUUCUGGGCUUGGAUUUGUUAACUCAGGUGAGUCAGUCAAAAUAUUGCUGCCUAAUGGAAGUGAUACAAGUACAGGCUAUUAUACAACACAAACUUUCUAUUAUCUCGUAGAUGGAGCUGAUCCAGUCAAUAAAAUGAUUCUAUAUACUGGAUCAAGCUCAGGUGUCACACUUUGAUUUCCUAAUAAUUUUACUUACUUACUUACUUACUAGGUGUUGAAGGUGUCUAGUGCCCACUCCCAUAAUUAAAUAAGAACUAAGCCAACUUGUGAUGCCACUGAGCCAUCUUGGAAUCACGGUGAUCAGCCCACCGACCAAGCCUUUGACGAAGCUCCGCCUUCAGUCAGCCGCACGUCUCACCAGACCUAUUUCCGUCGCUCUCCCUGGCUCAGCUCCUGCACGUGUUCUGUCUAAGGGUCAUCCUCCCGUGGGAUGUGCUGAGAGGAAAAACCUGAGCCUCUUGAAUGAACUGAGGAGCAGUUCCUCUGGUUAUCCCCAGAGUUAAAAGGCUAUUGCUGUGCAGAAGUUCUCGAGGUAAAAAACCCCAACCCCAUAAAUAAAAUUCGAUGAGGGAGAAAAAUUAGCAGAGCUAAUUUCUCCCUAACCGAAUGCCAUUUUAUUUAUUCCUACUAAUUUUGCAACAUUAGAAGUAACAAGUCCUUCAAGUGGAGAUUACUUUGUUGGGCAAGCUUCUGUUACUACAAUAAUAUCCGCAAAAGAUGACACUUUGUUAAUGCAAGACAUAAAUCAAGGCUGGAUUGGAAUUGGAAUACCUGCAGGCUUUACUUCUUCGUCUACUAAAUUGACCUUAGGCUCAGCUUCUGCAGACAUUUAUAGUGUCAGUUCUCAAGUAGUUCAUUUAUAG